CUAACUUAAUACGGAAAACUUGUAAACGGUAAAGCGAAGCGAAAUGGAAAAACUGAAAGCCAAACAGCAGACAGAGGCCAACAGCAAUGGCAAUACGAAACCCAAUCCCAAUCCCUUCAAGCGACCGAUGAAUGCGCUGCAGAAGCAAUGGUAUCGUGUGCUACUUGCCAGGCGUGUGGGCUUCGGCCAGAAGCCGACGCAGGAUGAGAAGGAGCCAACCUACGCUGACAUAUGCCAUAGACGCUAUAUGGCCGCAUUCCGGCGCUAUAACGAGCGUUUCCGCUGGGAAAUGGCAAUGCAUGAGCAGAUGCAGCGCUGCGCCAUCGACGCAAUGCGCGUUCACAGAACAUUCUCCAUCACAACGCUCUGGCUGCCAUUGCACUCGAAACGGGAAAUCAACUCAACAUUGGAAACACUGGAGAAGGUUUUGACAGUCCAGGAAAGGCGACGCCUCGAGGAGAUACUCAAACGCGGCGAAUCGCUGCGCACGCGACGCCUUUAGUAGAUCUAAUGACUCCGCUCCGCAGUCGUGACUGGCAGCAUGAGUAAAGCAGCGAAAAGCACUUUCAAGUGCAGCACUUACCCGAACGACUGUCUCCAUCCGCAGCCCCCCUUUCUUUCGACUUGAAUUUCACUUUGCAGUCA